AUGGGGAAAAUUGGUUUUGUUGAAAACGUAAAAAUAGUUGUUGUAGAUGUAGAGUGUGGUAUAUUAGUGGUAGAAGUUGUUGUUGUAGUUGUAGGAGUUGGAAUUGUUGUAGUCAGUGUUGGUGUAUUGGUUGGUGAAGGAGAAUUAUUAUUAUUUUCAUCAUUUUCAUUAGGUGGUAUUGGUGGAAAUAGUGUUGUUGGUUUAUUUUUAUCAAUCCAUCUAAAAGUUUUGUUGGAUUCUAAAACUGUUCCUGCUUGUUCUCAUAAAGAUCCAUCUCUUUGUGAUAGUACAAAUUGUGAACCAAUAUUGUAA